UCAUUCUCAGCACAGCCGGACCAAAAUAACUAGACGGGAGAUUCAUCAUUUAGCAACAUACGCUGCGUACGUCAAGAUGCAAGUCACUAUUGUGGUGAUUCUUUUGUCUUUCUGUGCAAGUUUGGCACUACCAGUGCCAUUGGAUAAGAGUGACCAAGGGAGAGAGGGAAGAGAGAUAUCCGUCGAAGAACUUGAGUCAGAGUUGGAGGACAUUGAAAAUCACAUUAGCUCAGUUCGGACAAAGGUAAAGGAAGAAUCCAAGGAAAACAAAGAAACCCUCGAGACUACUAAAGGAACCCCUCCUACGUCCUCCCCUAAGACGUCUGUUGAAAGAAAAACUGAUACAGAAGCUCAAACGACUGCUGCGACUGUCAAGACAACUGAAGAAGUUCACAUCAUUGUGGAAAAGGAAACCUCCCCAACACAUACACCAGAAUCCACGGAACCAACACUAACACCAAAGAAACAGGCAACCAAUACGAAAAUUAGUACGACACCAUCUUCCACUAAGAAGACAUCCUUUGUUGUCAAAGUUGAGGUUGAACAGGAACAGAAGGCUGGUGGUGCAGAAGAAAACUUGCAAGAAGAAGACAAAAAAAAGUCUGAGGGAGUUUUUGCCGUGCAGAAGGUGACUGAAGGAGUGGAAGAAAAAGAAGAAACUGCCGAGGAACCUAAAAAGAUCAAAGUCUCAAAGGUGGCAAAUGCCGAAUCGCAGUGGGAAGAAAAAGUGGAAAGUGGAAAAACGACAGCAAAGAGUGGAUUCACAGUUGAGAAAAUUACGCCAAGUCCUAAGUCUCCAACCAAGUCAACGCAGAGUGAAGCUGUAGUAAAAGUAGAACGUGUCCCAUCCGAGCUAAACGUCGAGACAAAAAGAAGCUCAGUUCAACGGAUUGAAGAAGAUGAAGACUUGAAAGAAGGAAAAAUAGAAGUAACGGUGGAAAAAGAAUCAACAGAGACAUCCUCUGCAAAAGAAUCCUCCUUUGACAAAGAUGGUCAGAAAGAAAUUAUCGUGGAGGUAAAAAAAGUUUCUCCCGCAACCGAUGAAACGGAUGAAGAGGUCGAAGAAGUAGAAGUGAUAGCGAAACCAACUGUUAAACCAACUACAACGAAAGAAGUGCCAAUAAGCCAAGGUAAGGUUGAGGAAGUUUCCAUCAGCGUAGAGAAAAUAACACCUUCACAGCGUCCAACAAGUGGAAAAACCCAGACGUCCAUGGUGGAGAAGGUAGUGAAAGUGACUUCUGAAGACGAAGAUCUGGAUUUAGAAACUAGCCUGGAUGCAGUAAAUUACAAACGAUCAGAUGAUGCCUCUGAGAAGACUAGUGACAGUGAAGAGGAAGCGCUGGAGUUGGAAUUGGAAGGAGGUCAAGACAAUAUCGAUGAAAAAAAGCUUGCGCAGGAACUCGAUAAAGCUCUUGAAGCAGAAAGGAAUGGCAAAGAAAAUUUAAAGACAGACCAACCUGUGGAGCCAGCAGAGGGUCCCAAAACAUCUAAACCACCUGAAGUUACAACGGGAAAAGCGAAGCCGACAACUGAAGCUAAAGGGGAUGGAACAGACAAACAACUAGAAAAACUGAACGUUGAAGCCGCACCCGAGAAAGCGAAGGUCACAAAAGUAAUGUCCGAUGAAGAACUGGAGCUGGCCGAAUUAGCUCAAGAAACAAUGAAUGAUGAAGACAAGGAAGAAGUGAAACCAACGAAAAAACCAACAACAGCAACAUCUCAGGAGGUGGUCACAAAAGUGGAAAAGGUUCCGAAGGUGACAGUGCAAGUAACGAAAGAACGGAACGAAAAUUUGCUGAGUGAGGAAGAAACAGCUAAAGAAGAAAAGAAACUAAAAGUCGAGUUGGCAAAUGAACUGGAACAAGAAAAAGAAGGGCCUGUACCCGUUAUAGUGAAGGUAAAAAAACUCGGAGACAGCCCUGACCCCAAGCCAGCCGCGGCGGAAAAAGCGCAGGACGCGUCGGAAUUUGCACCUGACAAGCAAGAAGCUGAAAGUAACUCGAAAAGGGAGGUAGAAGAGCAGGAGGAGGAGCUGGAAGACGACACUGAUGCAAAAUCAAAAAGGUCCGCAUCGAUCACUCGAAACGACCCUGAAGCACAACUGGAAAAUUUGUUAGCCAUGUGAUUUCAGUCUAACAGCGUUAUCUACUAUACUUAAAUAUAUCAAUAACCCUCUUGACUUCAGUAGAGAAUAAGUUUUGUUUUUAAUCUUCAGUGCGCAAAAGAUUGCUUAGGCCUAAUUCACACAAGCGACAUACCGAUCUGGACAAUGGACAUGACGGCUCAUAAUAUAGAAAAGAUAAUAUUUUUACUCUUCAGUUUAUCCAUAUGUCCUUAUGUUCUAUGUUUCAUAUUUUAAACUUUCCAUGAAGUAUUUGUAUUGUGUUUGCGUGAUGUGGUCGUUAUUCCACCACCAGUGUGAACCAGGCUUAAACAGGUGCUAGUUAUCAAGCUCUUUUAUUCUGGAUAAGCAACCACAGGAAAUUAAUCGGCUAAGUGAUAACUUGUUUACCCUUUGCAAAAUUAAAAAAAGAAGAUAUUCAGCGUUUAGCCGUGGGAAGUUGUUAGAACCAGACCUUUUGAUUCAAUCAACUGGAAACUGAGUUUCUGGAGGAAAAGACAUCCCUCCGUAGCUCCCUAAUAGAAAUUCGUGUUCUAUAUACCCGGUUAUGCGCGAGAAUGAAACUAUGUUCUCAACGAUUUACAAUAUAUAUACCGCAUGUCUUAAGCCCGGCUACAAGCCUAUGAAGCCUGAAUUACUCCAAGUCAAUUAUUUGAUUUCACGGAGAAUAUUAAAUGCCUUAAAGUGCUACUGAGACAAAGCAUUUGUUAUCCCAAUUUAAAGUUUCUUGUUUUCUAAUCCAUUUAUAUUUUACUUUUAGUUAAGAAAUUGUCAGUUCAUGAAUUGCAAAUCAAUCUUCUGGCGCAAAGAAAGAAAGAAAGAAAGAAAUGUCUUUCGUCAAAGUUUGUCUUUUUCCACAUCCACCCCCUUACGUUUUGGCUCGUUCAAAUCCCACUUGCCGUGGUUAAUAUUUCGCUAAGCUUGCGAUCUCGACGAACUAAAGAUCUUGAAGACCGUAGCAUUGGAGAACUGACUAAACUGUGUACAUCGCAGUCGAAGCCCUAAAUAGAAAUGCCGUGGAAAUAUUCAAUGAAAUAUAGCAGGCCACAGAGUAGGGUCGCUUUGUAAUUCAUGUGUAAGGCUAACUUUCAUUGACCAUCUUACAGCUCUCAGUGGAGGCGCGGUGGCCUCAUAGUUAGUGCGCUCGUCCGGAUUGAGCGGUCCGGGUUCGAGCCCUGACCAUGGACAUUGUGUUGUGUUCUUGGGCAAGACACUUAACUCUCACAGUGCCUCUCCCCACCCAGGAGUAUAAAUGGGUACCGGCGAAUUGUUGGGGAAAGCUAACAAAUUGCGGGGAGUGACCUGCGAUGGACUGUCUAGCAUCCCGUCCAGGGGGAGUGGAAAUACUCUAAGCCGCUUCAUGCUACAGAAACCGGGAUAAGAUCCGGCAGCUAUGAGCCAGGCUUCACUACACGUUAGAACUCUGAGAUGUCAAAAUAAUGAGAUUUAUGGGCAUAAACCACUAAUCUCUUCCCUCGUGUUCAAUCUUAAUUCUCAGCGUGCCAUGAAAGUAAUACGACCAACCACCACUCGAGACUGUUUUGGCCGCGCAAGAUGACGGCCGAAUUUUGGCUCAAAACGUGACUUCGAACAGUUAAAAAGGAGUUUUUCGCAUACCUUUCGCGAACAAAAGUGAACACCAUUUGAAAGCAAGGUUAAAACUUCAUUAUCAAGCGAAAAAUUUCAGAUACGAAAAUUUCGUUUCAGUGGCACUUUUAUUCACUCGUAAUUCGUGACAUACAUAGUUGCAUGUGUCUGACAUCGCGGUGGCAUUCCCUUUCGCAAUUUGGACUCAAGACAGCUUGGAGUGAAGUUGGAACCCAUUUUUAGGGUGAUUUAGUGCAUGUUAUAGUCAUAGCUUUCUGUUACAAGACGAAAAAUAUUGAGGCUAGCAGUGGAACAUUUGUCAGCAAUCCAGCAAAACUUUGAAAUCCUUAGCAGAAGGAUUUGAGUAUAUUAUGAUGGAGACAGUAGGUUUCCUUUGCUGAUUUUGUUACCAAGUAUUUUUCUAUUACUUGUUUAGAUAAUUUUUUUAUAUAUAGAUGCCGCAUUGCAGGCUUUUUAUAGUAAGUAAUCAAUUUUAAACAAAUAAAAAGUGUGUAUUUACCCA